GAAAAAACGCCUAACCUACAAACCGCGGAACAGGUACGUCGGGCACAGCGGUAGCUACCAGCUUUCAGUAGGUUUGCUACAGCGACUCCAGCAGGACGCAUUCGCACAGCUCGUUCGGUACUGCGCAAGCGGACAGUACCACGCAGUAGUAUCACGCAGGGAUUGCGCGAACUAAGACUUGUUUUUAGUGCGAGCAGGGGAUUUAAAAAAUAAUAAUAAUAAAUUGGGUCCCGAAUCACCCCGAAGUGCGAAGUGUGUCGUUCCAGACAUUCCAAGGACAUUGCUUGGAUGUCACCGGUCAAGUAACUUUCUUUUCCUGCAGUAUCCGGUUGCGGUUAGUGGUGUUAACUCGAGCCUUUGGAAAGUGAUAGUGGGGACCAGGAUCACGAGCGUCCUGCCGUGAGCGUGAGUGUGAUCCUCACACGUACACUCACAGUCCUACACACACACACACACACGCACACAGUGUUAUUAGUGUCAGUGUCAGAAUUUGUUGUAUGCAAAUUUGAAAAGCUGAGCAGCGACUUGGUGGUGUUACCAGCUAGUGCAUGUGGGUUACCGGAAGAAGCGAAAAGUGCAGAAGUGCAUAACAGUGUGUUUGUGUGUGAUUGAUUGAGUGAUUGAGAUUUGCUACUAGUUGGUCGAGUGUCAAGGGUGGAGUGUGUUAUGCUACAGGUGUAAAAGUUUAACCACGUACAGUCCCAGUGGAGUUCCCAACGUCGAGCCUAACCCAACGAACAGACGGGACUGCUUUUGCACAGGGCCAGAGGGUGUCCGACGGCUAACGGCUCAAUAUCUCUACAACCAACUGACUUCAACAUCAACCAACCAAUUCUUAACAAGCAACGCACCCUAGGUGAAGACAUCAGGGGCGAUCUGUUUUUUUUUUGUCGUAGAGUCUAAAGAUCCUGCAAGCGAAGCCGUACUGUUGCUGUCGGUAACCUCAAAGGAUCUCAGAGAUCCUACAAAAAAAAACCCUUUCCCCGACGAGGACCCCGUCCCAACAGACAGACGACACAAAAAUGCUUCGUUGCCAGCAGCGAAGGUACCGCGGGCAGAUGGUGCUACUACUGCUCAGUUGCAUCUUGCUUUCCUGCACAUACGCCGAUGAAGAGGAAAACUUCACAUCGGCCAGCCUGGUGGCCGGUACCGGACCGGUCGCAUCGUCCAAGGGCUGCCCCUUCCCGGGCGUACCGGCCCACGGGAGCGUCAUCUUCUCCGACGACUCGCUGGCCAACAACACGGUGGCCACGUACUACUGCGAGCGGGGCUUCGAGCUGCUCGGACCGUCCCGGCGCGCCUGCAUCGACAGCCAGUGGAUCCCGGAGGGUAUUCCAUUCUGCGUGCUAAACGUAGCGGCGGGUAAGGCGCCGAUGCAGAUCUCGACCGAGGCGUCGGGCAUUCCGCAGAAAGCUAUCGACGGUUCGACGUCCGCCUUCUUCUCGCCGGACACCUGCUCACUGACGAAGCCGGAGCGCGUCCCAUGGUGGUACGUCAACCUGCUGGAACCGUACAUGGUGCAGCUGGUGCGACUGGACUUUGGCAAGUCUUGCUGUGGUAAGGGCAAGCCCGCCACCAUCGUCGUGCGCGUCGGCAACAACCGGCCAGAUCUGGGCACGAACCCGAUCUGCAACCGGUUCACCGGUUCGCUCGAGGAAGGCCAGCCCCUAUUCCUGCCCUGCAACCCGCCGAUGCCGGGCGCAUUCGUGUCCGUCCACCUGGAGACGAACGCACCGAGCCAGCUGUCCAUCUGCGAGGCGUUCGUGUACACCGACCAGGCGCUACCGAUCGAGCGGUGCCCCGCCUUCCGCGACCAGCCGCCCGGUGCGUCCGCAUCGUACAACGGCAAGUGUUACAUCUUCUACAGCCGCCAGCCGGCCACGCUGCGGGACGCGCUCGCCUUCUGUCGGGCGCGCGGCGGCACCCUGAUCAACGAGAGCAACCCGGCCCUGCAGGGCUUCAUCAGCUGGGAGCUGUGGAGACGGCACCGCAGCGACACCUCGUCCCAGUACUGGAUGGGAGCGGUGCGGGACGCCCAGGACCGCAACACCUGGAAGUGGAUCGGCGGCGAGGAGGUGUCGGUAUCGUUCUGGAAUCUGCCCGGCGGCGACGAGGACUGCGCGCGGUACGACGGCUCCAAGGGAUGGCUCUGGAGCGACACCAACUGUAACACGCAGCUCAACUUCAUCUGCCAACAUCAGCCGAAGGCUUGUGGACGACCUGAACAGCCGCCGAACUCGACGAUGAUUGCGCCGAAAGGGUUCGAUGUCGGUGCGGUGGUCGAGUACAGCUGCGACGAGGGUCAUCUGCUGGUUGGUCCGAAGCAGCGCACCUGUCUGGAGACUGGCUUCUACAACGAGUUCCCGCCUGUAUGCAAAUACAUUGAGUGUGGACUGCCCGCCUCUAUACCGCACGGAUACUACGACCUCGUCAACGGCACGGUCGGCUACCUCAGCACAGUCAUGUACCGGUGCGCCGAGGGCUACGAGAUGGUUGGUCGCGCCGUACUGAUCUGCGACAUCGACGAGCGCUGGAAUGGGCCGCCACCACGCUGCGAGCUGAUCGAGUGCGAUCCACUGCCGACCCUCUUCCCGAACGGUGUGAUCGUGUCCACCAACCAGACGGUGUACGGUACGCGCGCCGAGGUCCACUGCAACCGUGGCUUCGUGCCAGACAGCGAACCCGAGAUCGUAUGCACUGCGUCGGGCCAGUGGAGCCAUCCACUGCCCAAGUGCGUCCCCGACCAGAGCGCCGGCCCAGCGACGGUCCGACCGAGUGCCGCGUCCACCACACCGGCCUCUUCCCGUGCACCCCCGGUGCUGAUCGUGUCACCUACCACACCCGCCUCGAUCGGUGGCAUUCCUUCGCGCGCACGGCAGCCUACCGGAGGACGACGACCGGGCAGCACGGUGCGCUAUCCGACCCAGGCGCCACCCGCGAGCAGCACCGUCUCGGCGGCCGAGUCGACCACCGCUUCGAUCGUGAUCAACAUGGCCGGCCCGACGACGGCACAGCCGAGCCGCACGACCAGCACCACCGAGUCGCCGCUUUUCAGCAUCGAGAUCGAUGACGGUACGGAUGACGACUAUCUGCCACACGGCGGCCCCAACCGGAAGCACACGGACCGGGACGAAAACGACGAGGACGCCGACGACGACUACUACUACCGCAACAAGCCGAACCUGCACGGCGGCUACCGGCCGAACGCAGGCACUGAUUACGAUGACGACAACGACGACGCUCACGACCAUCACGCAAACGAACCGACCUUUGACGAUAACUUUGACAGCCUCGAGGGCUUCUUCAUCGGCACUAACGAAGAUUACUCUCUUCCACCCCCUCCUCCCCCUCCACCAUCAGAAGUGCGCCCCGGAUCGAAGGGCGAGGAAGCGGGACGCCCGUACCGGCCGCAGCAACCGUCCGUCGUGAUACUGUCCAAGGAGCCAGGAUCGUCCUCCUCUUCCUCCUCCUCCUCCUCCUCCUCUUCCGUCUCGAAACCUGCCUCUCCCAAGCCCGCCGUCUACGAGCCGAGCAGCCCGCCGGCAGUGGUAAGCGUAACGCCGCAGGUGCAGACGCACCGACCGCAGGUAACUGGCACGACCGGGCGUCGUCCGAGCACGACCACGACGACACGCGGCCGCCAUCCAGCCCACGAGCAGGACAUACUGCUGUCGCACCACCCGCAGGACAACGAGAUCCCCGGCAGCGUCAACAUCCGGCAGGACCAGUCGCCCAAGGUGAACGUACCGUUCGCGGUGAACAACGUGGACGAUCUGGUGCCGGCGGACGGCAGCAGCGGCAGCAAUGGCGGCACCGACGGGCUCAUCACCAGCUUUGGCGGUGCGGGUGGCAGCAGUGGCGCAGGAGGACUGGGCGGGGCGGGCGGUUCGGCAGCCGGCGACCGGAAGGAGUCGAAGAACGCGAAGCUGAACCUGGGCGCGAUCGUGGCGCUCGGUGCGUUCGGUGGGUUCGUCUUCCUGGCCGCCGUCAUCACGACCAUCGUGAUCGUCGUACGAAGGAAUCGCACCUCCAACCAGCACUAUCGGCACCGGGCCUCGCCGGACUGCAACACGGUUGCGUCCUUCUCCAGCUCGAGCUCCGAGUCGCGCAACGGCCUCAACCGCUACUACCGGCAGGCGUGGGAGAACCUGCACGAGUCCGCCUCCAAAAGCCACAACAACCAUUCCGGGCUGAAGCGCAAGGAAACGAUGGACGCACCGGUGAAUCGGUCCCGGUCGCGGGAAAACCUCGACGUCAGCCGGCCGCGCGAUCUGGACAGAUCCCGGGAGAACCUGUCGUCGGCCCGGAGCCGCGACUACGGUCGGGACAGUAUGGCGCUGCGCGACGGCUCCGAGAUGGUCGUGUCGGACGUGUGCGUGAAGGGCGAGAAGAAGCGGCACCAUCACCAUCACCACAAGAGCAGCCACCGGAACGAUUUCCGCGAGCCGAACAUCCUCGGCAGCGGCAAUGGACGGCGCGAGCAUCGCCAUUACUGACGCGGUAGAAUGAUCAUCACCAUCCGGAUCGAUGGCAGUGCGCAGCGCCGCCACGACGCCGACAGUCUCAGGCCGAUUCGCGAUAUCUAGGAGGAUGCAUGAAGGAAGGGG